AUACUGUUAAAACAAGAAGACAAGACACACCGGUGCAGUACACGUAAUUGGAUUAUCUCACUUUCUCAUACUGUAUCAUCCUGGCCGUAUCAUAUUCACCCUGAUACAGCUACCUGUAUAUUACACUGCUUUUGGCUUCUCUACUAUUUCCUCUGUUUGUUUGAUCUACAAUAAGUGAUUAAUAUUUUUCCUUAGAAUGAGAGAGCAGGGCUUAUGGUUGGAGUCAAACCCCAAUUAAGUGUCUCAGUGAUAAUUAAUUAUAUUAAACUGUUUAAUAUCUAGAAAGUAAAUGUUUGAGAAGCAGUUAAAAUGGAGUUGGGUUUAAUAGACUAUAAGACCACACAUUUAUUAAUGUUUAUGAAAAUGGUUAUGUCAGUAAGUGACAUUUCAGUUUGGACUUGUGACUAAUGCAGACAAAUUACAAGUAGAACAAAGAAUGUAUGACAGGAACAGGGAAGUUGUAUUGACGCACACACGCACACACCCACACACCCAUGCCCUGAUCAGCAGUUCCCACAUACACCAACUAACACAGACCAUGAGGCCAAUUUAGAGGAAGGAAGCAUGAGGAAAAUGGCAAAGAUCCCUUCUGUUUCUCCUCCACUGAAUUAUUGACAGUAAUCAUCCAGGCAUUUAAUGGCCAGGCCAGAGUGGAAUUCAUUUGGGUGGUGGUGGGGAUAAAUAAUUCAUCAUGGGUAAGGGCAGAUCUGAGCGUGUGCAAGAGGUCCCUCUUCUCCAGCUGCCUCUGCAUAAUGAGAGUGGGAGGGGCUCGAGAAAUGUGCAGCUCAGAGUGGUGGGCCAGUGGUACAUGAGAGAGAGAGAGAGAGAGAGAGAGAGUGAGGGAGAGAGAGAGAGGGAUGCUGGAUGAGGUGCAACAGGGCGAGGCAGUGGAGGAGAGACUAGUGAAGAUCCAAACAUGUGGAUGGGAGAACGCACUGCUGUCCAGCGAUGAGCACUAUGCUUAGCCCCAAGAUCAGACAGACAAGGCGAGCCAGGUCUAAGAGCAUGGUGAUGGGGGAGCUGACACGGGCCUCGAGUCGGCCGUCCUCCCCUAGCCUCCAGGAGAAAGCACUGAAGGCUGGCUGGCUGAAGAAACAGCGCAGUAUCAUGAAGAACUGGCAGCUGCGCUGGUUUGUGCUGAGAACUGACCAACUUUACUUCUACAAAGAUGAAGAUGAAACCAAGCCACAGGGCUGCAUCCCAUUACACGGCUGCCAGGUCAACGAGCUAAGUGCCAAUCCUGAUGAGCCUGGACGGCAUCUUUUUGAGAUAGUUCCAGGUGGUACAGGAGAAAAGGACCGAUCAGCUCCUAGCCAUGAUGCGUUCCUGCUUAUGGCAAACUCCCAAAAUGACAUGGAGGACUGGGUCAAAGCCAUCAGACGUGUCAUUUGGGCUCCUUUUGGCGGAGGGAUCUUUGGACAGCAUCUGGAGGACACAGUGCAAUAUGAGCGUAAGUUUGGGACCCGACUGGCACCUCUGCUGGUGGAGCAGUGUGUUGACUUCAUACGAGAACGAGGUCUGAAAGAGGAGGGCCUCUUCCGCAUGCCAGGACAAGCAAACUUAGUCAAAGAGCUCCAGGAUGCUUUUGACUGUGGUGACAAACCUCUGUUUGACAGUAAUACUGAUGUUCACACGGUGGCAUCUCUGCUGAAGCUGUACCUCAGGGAGCUGCCUGAACCCGUCAUCCCCUUCAACAAAUAUGAGGACUUCCUCACCUGUGCCCAGCUACUGCUCAAAGAUGCGGAAGUGGGCCUCAGUGAGCUGGCAAAGCAGGUGAACACUCUUCCUCAAGCCAAUUACAACCUGCUGAAGUACAUUUGCAAAUUCUUGGAUGAAGUCCAGUCUCACGCAAAUGAAAAUAAAAUGAGUGUUCAGAACCUUGCAACAGUAUUUGGACCAAAUAUUCUCAGAGCGAAAAUGGAGGAUCCUGUUUCAAUGAUGGAGGGAACCUCUCAGGUGCAGCACCUCAUGACAGUGCUGAUCAGCGAGCAUGAGAGACUGUAUGGAGGCAUGGAGGUUGAGACGUCCUCAAAGCAGAGCAAGACACCUGCUCAGGGCCAGCGCGGCAUGGCGGCUUGGGGUUCAGAGGAGGAAAUACAGCACUGUCCCUCUUCUAGCCAGACCUCUAGCCUUCCUGACCACAUGUGUAGCAGUGCCACAUCUCUGGAUAUAAACAUGGGCAUGCCCAAUAAUGCAAAGCAGGCACCUCAGGGAAAAGCUGGGCUGGCGGUCAGCCCAAGCAAACAGGCCAAAUCUCUCCCUUCAUGGAAAUACUCUUUUAAAAGCAACAGUACACGGGCUCAGCUGCCUAAGAUCGGAGGCUCAUCUGUGGACGUAUCGAACAGUGGGAACUGGCUGAUGAAUGGCCUGUCAUCUCUGAGAAGCCACCGGCGCACAUCUUCGGGAGAACGUGUGGGCAAGGACUCAGUGCUGUCUCAUCGCCUUUCUACCUACGACAACGUAACUGCAUCCAGUGUGAGUGUGCCCAGUGUGGCCAGCUCUCCCUGGUCCACUUCCUCCUGUGAGAUAUCGGUAGUGAACUCGGUGAGCAGCGAGCCUUCUGCACUGAGCUCGGACAAGGACAAGUGUGUAGAGACGAGGGUGGAAGAGAAAGACAUCACAGAAAGUAGUGAAGCACUGGAAUUGUGUGUAAGCAGCAUAGGAUGCAGUGAGUAUGGGAAUGUGGAUGAUAAUGUGGAUGAAUCAACAGACCUUGAUGACAACUCACAAGCUCUUAACAGCAUUAUAACUGAACUGAAGGAUGAGCUGAAGAAACAAAAAAUUAAUUAUGAAAUCCGAAUACGGAGGCUGGAAGAGAACAGUGCAUUGCUGACUCAGCAGGUUGACAGGUUAGAGGAGGAAUUAGACCAGGAGAGGAAGAAGUACAGAAUGUUGGAAAUUAAACUGCGGAACUCAGAGCGAGCCCGUGAGGAUGCAGAGAACCGGAACCGGCUACUGCAGAGCGAGAUGGAGGAAUUCUUCUCCACUUUAGGAGAUCUAACAAUGGGGACAAGGACAAACAAAAUGUGACACUUAACAUUAGAUGCGAUUUUAAAUCUCUUUACUCAUGUAUCAUGGGUAUGCUGAGGCAAUUUCAAGCUGUUUCAUUGCAACUUGAUCAACUCUUAUCUAUUAGUAGCAAAUCUAUUUUUCCCCACAAACUUCAGCCAGAAGUUUUAGGAUAUGUUUAAAUUAUUAUUUCACAUUAUAUCACCGGCAUCUCAAUUGCUUCACUUCCAGUAUGCACAGAUGAUACCAAAGCAUGAUAUCCCUGAUUGUUUGCAGUUGAUGUAAUUAUGGUUGCCUACUCUCAAUGCUUUUCAUAAGACAGAUUAUUUCCAUGAUAGUGCCUUUUGUGUUGAUGCAUGGUAUUGGGAAAAUACAGCUUAACCACAGACUAGUCAUUACAUAUCUCAUAGCACCACAUUUCCUAAGUCCUUUACAAGUUUAAGUCUAUGACCACAAAGUACCUAUGGCUGUAAAGUCUUAAAGAAAUAGAUGAUUGCAAAUGGUUACUGGUUUAGUCAACGACUGUUACACUUCCCACCUUGUUUAGCAAAUCCCUUUAUCUUAACGUGAAAUGCAGUUUGCUAAAAAGGCAAAGACAUUUUUGAGAAGAAUGGUGGCAAGACCAACAAAUAAACUCUAGCUAAUAGUUUGUAUAUUUAUUCCUUUUUUUUUAAAAAUCAAUUUAUCAUCACUGAGGUUGCCAUGGCUAAGAGGAUUAUUGCUGUAUAACUUAUUUCUCAGGUGUUUCUGAAAAAAAAAACACGCUGAAUAAACAUAUUGUUUUUGGUAAAUGACAGAAAUUAAUGUGAAUGACUUGUAUAGUUAAAAUGUUGUUGCGCUUUCCCCUCAUGAAAGUGCCAAAAUCGAGGCUGUACUGCUUUCGUAUCGUCGGUUAUAUGACAUUAAGUAUGACUGAAAGCAAAGGAAACAUAAUAAAGUUAUCAUCACAGGCUACAUUGUCACAGAAGUUCCCAAAGAAUUUUACCUUGAUCAGAUUUGACAAAAGGUGCAUUUAGCAAUGUGUCACCUAUCUUGAAAGAACUGUAAAAUAUAUUUUAGAUAGUACUCUGUAUGUCAAGAUAUCAAAU